AUGCCUGUUCCCCCAUCUCUCCAGCACGGUCAUGGUUGCUUGCCACAACUGCUCUAUAGGAUUGGCAAACCAAUAAUCACACAUGCUGUUGUUGUUCCUGUGCAGAUCUUUGGACCGGAAAGCUCUGGAAAGACAACACUUGCCCUGCAUGCUAUUGCGGAAGUUCAGAAGCGUGGUGGGAUCGCAUGCUUGGUGGAUGCAGAGCAUGCUUUUGACCAUGUCUAUGGAAAGGCCAUUGGUAUCGACAUUGAUGAACUGUACCUAUGCCAGCCAGAGUCUGGCGAAAUGGCAUUGAACACAGUUGACACACUUGCAAGGUCAGGUGUUGUGAGCCUCGUUUGCAUCGACUCGGUGGCUGCUCUUACACCCAAGUCUGAGAUCGAAGGGGAGAUCGGCCAGUCACAAGUUGGUGCCCAGGCACGCCUUAUGAGCACGGCUUUGAGAAGGUUGUCAACAAGUGCAGCUCAGAUGGGCUGCACCAUCAUAUUCCUCAACCAGAUAAGGAACAAGAUUGGCGUGUUGUACGGCAGUCCAGAGACAACUAGUGGAGGUCAAGCACUCAAGUUCUAUUCCUCUGUCCGUGUUGAUGUAAGGAAAAGAGCAGAGUUGAAACAAGGCGAUGAGAAAACUGGAAUUCACAUCAACGCAAAGGUUGUCAAGAACAAAUGUGCUGCACCCUACAGAAUGGCUGAGCUGGAUAUCAUGUUUGGGACGGGCAUCAGUGUUGCGGGGUCCAUCCUGGACGCUGCGGAAAGCUGUGGUGUUGUGGAGAGGAGGGCAUCCUACUACUACAAGGAUGGCGUCAAGCUCGCGCAAGGUCGUGAGAAAACCCUGCAAUGGCUUCACGAAAACCCGCAAGAGAUGGAAGAGAUCGAGAGAGCGACCAGGGCCGACGUGCAUGGUGGCCCAUCAGAUUCGAAUUCACAGGCGGAGGCGGGAGUGGAAGUGGUGGAAGAUGAGGGGGCUGAGGAGGAUGAGCCCAUCGCGGCCAGUGCCUAA